AUGGGUAAUAACGUUUCACGCAUAAAAAGUAAAAUAUUAAAGGCACCACGAUUACCAGAAUACGUGCAAAAAGAAUCCAAAGAAGAGAGGAUUUUAAACCGUUAUAUGUCAAAUGAUGUUAGCGCAGAUGAUAGACUUCAAAUGUACCAUUUUGUUAAAAGAUAUAUAUAUGACAGUAAUUUUUCCGCACCAAUUGAAGAAAAAUUAAUUCAAGGAGGAUAUAAAGUAUUGGAUAUUGCAUGCGGUUCUGGAGCGUGGUUAUUAGAUCUAUCAACCAGAUAUGACAAUUCUCAUUUUUUUGGAAUCGAUUUUCAGGAAGUAUAUCCACAAGAGAUAAAGCCACCAAAUUUAAAAUUUACCAAAGCGGAUAUAUUAGAGGGAUUACCAUUUCCUGAUAAUGAAUUUGAUUUUGUGCGUCAAGAUUCAAUGAGUCAUGUUUUACAAAGAAAUCAAUGGGAAUUUGUUUUAUCCGAAAUCGUUAGGGUAACGAAGCCAGGUGGAUACAUUGAAUUAGCUGAAUUGAAUAUUACGUUUAAUGGUUUUGGACCAAUUUUGCACAGAAUAUAUGGAGGAAUGCGUAAUUUCCUUUUAAAGCAAAAUGUGGAUAUAAAUGUGACGUAUGAACUUGAAUCCAUGCUUAAAUCACAACCAAACGUAACAACGAUUCAUAGGGAUGAAAGAGAGCUAAUUAUUGGACCCAAUGGUGGCAAAAUUGGCAUCGUUUGUCACGAGAGUUUUGUUAUGCUCUGUAAUACAGAAUUGGCAAUUGAAAAUUUAAGUUCUGAAAUAGGAGUUUCUAAGGAAGAAUUUAAAAAUAUGAUAGGAACGGGUCUCAAAGAAGACUUAAAAGUAUCUAGACCCGAAUUAAUGUCAUUUAGAUUAUGGACACAAAAAAAAGAUUAG